AUGCCCGAAGCUACGAGCACUUCGAGAGCUCCGUCAAUUCCUCCUGCCGAUGGAAUCGCCAUUGUGGGAUACUCUUUCAAACUGCCGCAAGAUGUUGACAACGAUGAUUCCCUUUGGGAAGCCCUUGAAUCACGGCGAAAUCUAAGAACCGAGUGGCCUACAUCUCGUAUUAACCCAGAAUCAUUCACGAAUAAUGCAUCAAUCAAAGCGGCAUCAAUGGACCCAAUGCAAAGAUGGACAUUGGAAGAAUCGUACCGGGCUUUUGAGAACGCCGGUAUUCCUGUGGAAAGUCUGAGAGGAUCUUCUACAGCGGUCUUUUCGGCUUCGAUGCUCGAGGACAAGGCCCGCAUGGCAGCCAUAGACCCUGAAAAUACGGAACGCACAGUGGUCACUGGCAGUACUGUCGCAUGUCUCAUUCCGAAUCGAGUGAGCUGGUAUUUUGAUCUUCGAGGGCCUAGCAUGCAUGUUAAUACUGCUUGCUCUAGUAGCUUGUCAGCGAUUGAUAUGGCUUGCAAGAUGCUACAGAGUGGCGAUGCAUCAUGUGCACUGGUAACGGCGUCCAAUAUAUGUCUCGAUCCGUCCAUUUUCCAGAUGCUAUCCAAUCAAAAUUUCUUAUCACCGGAUAGCCUUUGCUACAGUUUCGACCACCGUGCGAAUGGAUAUGCCAGAGGAGAAGGUGUCAUUGCCUUCGUGUUAAAGCCAAUUUUUGCUGCGGUUCAGAGCGGAGAUAUGAUCAGAGCCAUCAUUCGCUCGACGGCGUCAAAUCAAGAUGGUCAUAGCCCAGUACUCACACAGCCGAGCCUCCAAGCCCAGGAAGAAUUGAUUCGCCAUGUAUACAAGCGGGCUAAACUCUCAUUCCAUGAGACGCGGUAUGUCGAGGCUCAUGGAACUGGGACCCCCGUGGGAGACCCAAUAGAAGCAAAAGCAAUCGGUCGAGUAUUUCGAAAAUUUCGUUCAUCGCAAAGCCCUCUUUAUGUGGGAUCCAUUAAGGCAAACAUUGGCCACCUCGAAGGAGCAAGCGGAUUAGCAAGCUUGCUUAAAGCAAUAUUGAUCUUAGAAAGAGGUAUUAUACCACCGCAAGCUCUAAUGGAGAAAGUGAACCCCGCCAUCGAUGCAGAGUUCUUUGCUAUUGAGAUCCCGAAGGAAAGCAUCAUUUGGCCGACAAGUGGGCUUCGCCGAGUAUCGGUCAAUUCAUUUGGAUUUGGAGGAUCCAACACCCAUGUUAUCCUUGAUGAUGCACUGCAUUAUUUGGAAAGUCAUGAUUUAGCAGGUAAUCACCGCACAGCCUCCAAGCCAGGUGAUGUGACACAAGCGACAGACAUGGGGUGGAUUUAUUCCAAAAACGGCGAUUCAGGAAAUGAAAACAUGAUGCCAACCUUGGCCGCUAUGAGACUUUCAAAUUUGCAUAAAUGUCCACCGCAGCUACUGGUCUGGACGGGAUCCGACAAAAGAGCCGUGGAACGUAUUGUUAAUCAGUACAAAGGCCUGUUAAGUGGUGGUCAAUUUAGUGAGGCGACCACGCUUCGUCGUCUAGCAUUCACACUAAGCGACCGCCGCAGCCAAAUGCUUUGGAGAUCAUUUGCUAUGAUUGGAGCUCCUAAUGGAGGUCAAGUAAAUUGGACCAUUCAGCCGGUCAAGCCUGUGCGAAGCUCAAGUCAACCUGGAUUAGCAUUUAUUUUCACCGGCCAAGGAGCGCAGUACGUUGAAAUGGGAUUGGAAUUAAUUCAAUAUCGGGUUUUCGCAAAUAGUCUCAGGCGCAUAGAUCAACACUUUGCUGAUUUUGGGUGCAGCUGGUCUAUAUUCGGUAGGCAAGAUAUUGAGCGAGGCCCGAGGGUCUCUUCCAUGGUUCUAAGUAUCGCUAAUCGUCUUGCAGAUGAACUUCGAAAUGCCGACAAAAUUGAUCUACCUGAAUACAGUCAGCCUAUGUUGACAGCCCUCCAGAUCGCUUUGGUGGACCUACUGAAUUCAUUUGGAAUCGUUCCAAAGGCGGUUGUUGGCCAUUCAUCUGGAGAGAUUGCCGCUGCGUACACCACUGGAGCCUUGUCCUUAUCAUCUGCUUGCCGAGUGGCUUAUUUCAGAGGAAAACUAACGGACCAACUGCGAGCUGCUAGUACCGCUUCCCCAGGGGCCAUGUUAGCAAUCAAUAUAGCAGAGGGUCAAGUAAAAAGCUAUCUUAUGAAAAGCCAACUUGAUGCACAGAGUCAGGUCACCAUAGCAUGUGUCAACAGUCCGUCCAAUUGUACGCUCUCUGGACCAGAGGAGGUUAUUAGUGAAAUUAAAUCACAAGCAGAUCUAGAUGGGGUCUUUUCGCAGAAAGUCAACACAGGUGUUGCAUAUCAUUCUCCUUCCAUGAAUGCAAUUUCUGAUGAAUAUAACUCUCUUACUGGCCCAUUGGAAUGUUCCAACUCGCCAGAGCGUGCAAAACCAGGGUCUAUCCCCAUGGUUUCAUCGGUGACCGGUCAAGUUGCCUCCCCAAAGACUCUGGUCAAAGCUCAAUACUGGGUAGACAAUCUUGUCUCUCCGGUUCGAUUUGCCGAUGCAGUGCAACUUCUUACACAGAAAACAUCAACACUCAGAGCUGGAAUCGGCAGUAUUACCGAUCUUGUGGAAAUUGGCCCUCAUUCGGCUCUUCGGCGAGCAGUGAGAGACACGAUUGAGCAGCCUGGUAAUAAAAACAAAGAGCACCGAUACCAUGCUAGCCUUCAAAAAAGCCAGAGCUCCCUUGAAUCAAUAAUGAAUCUUGCAGGCCAGUUAUUCUGCAUUGGGCAUAAGUUGUCCGUCUCUACAGUUAACCGCCAUUCGGUUACUACGCCACCAUCAUUCCUCACCAACUGCCCUUCAUAUCCAUUUGACCGCUCCAACAACUACUGGAAAGAGUCUCGCAUUAGCCGAGACUUUAGACUUCGAGAGAGUGUAUAUGGAGAAACCUUGGGAGUUCCUGUGUCCGAUUGGAAUCCUUUUGAGCCUCGCUGGAGAAAUUUCUUGAGCGUUGAAACCACUCCUUGGUUAGCCCAGCACAAGAUUAGCGAUACUGUGAUCUAUCCUGCAGCAGGAAUACUCCUUUUAGCUAUGGAAGCUGCCCGUCAGAUUGUACCUUCCAAUGACAAUAUUAAUGGCUACUUUGUGAAAGAGAUUGACUUUUUAAGCCCGAUCAUUAUUGCUGAAACCUGGGAAGAACGAACAGAGACCCAAGUUUGCCUACGCCAAAUAGACAAGAGGACCGCUAACAUGCCUGAAUUUGAUAUUGCCAUAUUUUCGUAUUAUCGAGGCAAAUGGACCAAAUGCUGCAAGGCGAUUAUUCAAGUUGAGAUCAACGGCCAAAACAGCAGACUCCAAACGGAAAGUAAUGUUUCCGAUGAGUUCAAAGAAGCCAAGAAACUGUGUACUCGACCACUAGAAUCGUACGUGGUAUAUAAUGAUGCUACGAGAUACGGCCUUCAGUAUGGCGAGAUGUUUCAGCAGCUGCAGGAUAUGUCUUGGGAUGGAGAGAAAAGAUUUUUCGCACUCCUUGAUGUCACGAAAAAUAAAUUGCAGACACGCAGUCUUGUACAUCCCGCAGUACUAGACACUCUAUUUCAAGCUCUGGUGCUCAGUGCUGAUCAUAAGCGAGUGGGUAGGAUCCCCGUUCGGCUUGUGGACGCUUGGUUUGCCUCCUCGGGCUGGCAACACCCUGAGUGUGGCUCUAUCCGGUUGCUGGGAAAAUUCGAAGGCAGUACCAGUGAUUUAGGCUCUUCGAAGCGUACAAGCGGGGGCCGAGCGUAUGCUGUCACUGAAAAUGGACGAAUCCUCUGUUAUAUCAAAAAUGCCUCCUUGGCAACCGUGACAAAGGAUGUUGAAGAGCAAAAAAAACUGAUCCACAGGAUUGAAUGGAAACCGCAACUGGGCAUGCUUGAGCCAGACCAGUGGGUACACUUGAUGCAUCAUACACCCGAAGAUGGGGCCACAAUAGCAAGAAACUUUGUCAAACUCAGAUACGUGUUGGAUAUAGCUAUCAUCAAGGCCGUGAGUAAGGUAAGCCAAAAUGAGAUCCCGAAGAAUCUAAGUCGGCAUUUUGAAUGGCUACAACGUCACUUUCAGAAUCUCCCAUUGCAUCGGAGAUUGGAAGGAGAAUCGACAAAUGACUUGCAGCUUGAGGCCAAACUUUGUGAAGUUGAUAGUGUCCUUCCAGACUGGAAAGUGUACACGGCAUGUGCCCGGGAUUUGACCAAGAUCAUGACAGGGGAAAUAAAUCCGCUUGAGCUUAUAUUCAACUCUGAUCUUGCUGAUACCUUCUACGCUGCUCUUUUCAGAAACAUAUGUACAGACGGGCGGCUUCAGAGAGUUCUGGAUCUAGCAUCUCAUAGUGACCCUGCCAUGAGGAUCCUUGAAGUUGGUGCGGGCACUGGUGGAAUGACCAGGCAUGUUAUGUCUGCUUUGAAGGAACGCGACUCUCGGGCUGGGACCAGAAGCUUUUCUGAGUACACUUACACAGAUGUGUCUCCAAUGUUUCUAGAUCGAGGAAGAUCACGCUGGUCUGACCUGGAAGCCGAGGGGCGCAUGAAGUUUCAAACAUUUGACAUGAAUCGUCCGUUUGAAUCGCAGGGAUUUGUGCCGGCAUCUUAUGACCUGAUCAUUGCCGGGAGUGUCCUCCACGCAACGCCGGACCUGGAGGCUACUAUACGAAAUAUCCGAAAAGCGUUAAAACCUGGUGGCCACCUCAUUUUGCUAGAAGCAAUCAAGCCAAAUGAUGUUAUCACAAACUUCAUGGCUGGUUUGGUUCCUGGAUGGUGGGUUGCCCGUGAGAAAUGGAGAUAUCAUUCUCCUGCGAUCACUGAGACCAUGUGGCAUCACUAUCUGCGCAACAAUGGAUUUUCUGGAAAUGAUCUAGUCAUUAGGGAUUAUGAGAAUGAAGAUUCCCAGUUUGUCAGCAUUAUUCUCACCACAGCACUAGAGGAUAGACCCGAGGUCCACGAAACAAGUUCAACCAUCAGUAACAUUACCUUGCUAGUUGAUGACGAACAAUGCGAACAAUUGGAAAUGGCAAAACGCCUUAGUCAACACCUUGGCCUACGGACCAACUCGACAAUCAAUAUACUACCAUUUGACGAAGCCAAGCUGCAACAGCCACAAGCGAAACCGAACUCGGAGACCAUUUUUGUCUCUUUGGUUGAAGUCUACAAGCCACUACUGGCACGACUGACCAAGGACGGGUUCGCAGCUCUACGAGCUUUGAACAGGAUUUCCCGUAGGCUUUUAUGGGUUACGGCAAAUGUUCCCGAUGACCCCCUAGCUCCAGAGUAUGGUGUGGCCCAGGGCUUCUUCCGCACGCUUCGGGGGGAACAGCCCAGCAAUCACUUCGUCAAUUUGAGCGUCGACAGCGAAUAUGACCUUGAUACUGUCGUUAGCGGUACUGCAAGGGUUCUAGAGGCAUCCUUUGGCUCUGCUCAAUCGGAUGAGCUGGAAUAUGUUAUGAGGGAUGGGAUCCUGAUGACGGGGCGUGUUGUUGAAAAUUCCGUCAGCAACAAUGCUCUCCACCGAGUUCUUUCGCCCCAGGUUCAGAAGAUCCCUUGGGGUGAUGCUGGUCCUUUAGAGCUCUCUUUGAGUGGCAAGGAAGUUGAUAACUCUGUGCAAUUCGUGCAAGACACGACUUAUCGGACUAUUGUUGCUUCCGACGAGAUUGAAAUUGAAGCAAAGGCGUGGAGCUUGAGUCGGACUGAUUCUCAUGGUGGUAUCUCCAGUGACAGCUGUGCAGGUUUGGUUACCCGAGUGGGCCCAGGCUGCGAUGAAUCUAUCCGGUUAGGGGACCGUGUCUACAUGUAUGCUAUCAAUCCUCUGCGCAAAUACCCACGAGCGCAUCAAACCGCUGUUGUCAAGAUUCCCGAAAGUGUGUCCCUGGAGACUGCCUGCUCAAUAAUUGGUCCUAAGAUCGCAGCGUUUUAUGCUAUGAUCGAGAUUGCUCGAAUUGAAGAAGGACAAACUGUUCUUAUUCACUCAGCAGCCAGUGACGUGGGCAGGAUUGCAGUUCGUCUCGCGCAGCAACAAGGAGCUCAUGUCUAUGCUACGAGUGCGUCUGUUAGACAAACAGACUUGCUCGUAAACGUCCUCAAGAUACCUGCUGAUAAUGUAUUUUCAAGCCGAGAUCAUCAAUUCGCAGCAGACGUUUUACAAGCAACAGACGGAGCUGGAGUUGAUGUAGUUCUGAAUUCCCUGGUGGAAAAAGAUAUGCUGGAUGAGUCUUGCGAAUGUCUCGCACCUGGCGGACGAUUUAUCGCAAUCGGUCAUGUCAAUUUUGCAGAGAAUCUGACACUAUCCCUGGGGAUUUUGUCGAAGAACAUCAUCUUUUCGAUCAUCGACUUGGCAGAUCUUCCCAAAGUUUUGAAACAACUGGCUCGGGAUGCGUUUAUAUCGUUGAUUGAAGCAAAAAUCCAGGCCCCACAGCCGAAAAUAUUGUAUAGUAUUUCACAGGCGGAGGAUGCCUUUAGGCUGCUUCAAGGGGAAGAAAUGCUCGAUCGGGUCAUAAUUUCCGCGGAAUCUGGUGAUGUAAUUUCGGGGCUUAUUGAGGCGCACGUCUCCCAGUGCUUUGACGAUUCAGCUUCCUACUUAGUCGCCGGGGGCUUCGGUGGUCUCGGCAUCGCAAUAAUAGAGUGGAUGGUUGAGCGUGGUGCUAAGUAUUUGAUCAUAUUGUCACGGUCUGGUGCAAAAUCGAGAGCUGCCAUCGAGACUGUGACUAGAUUGGUCGCCCGAGGUGUCAAAAUACUGUCCCCGCGAUGUGACUUAUCCUCCGAGUCAAGUCUUACCAAAGCCUUAGAAGAAGCUGCACAAACAAUGCCUCCUAUCAAUGGUUGCAUUAACGCUGCCAUGGUUCUGCAAGAUGGUAUCUUCCAAGAAAACAUGUCAUUUGAAAAGUGGGAGAUUACGCUCAGAUCAAAAGUAGAGACUUCGUGGAACCUUCACCGAUUACUUCCCCGUGGACUUGAUUUCUUCAUUCUUCUUUCAUCCCUUGCUGGGCCUGUCGGUAUGAUGGGAAGCUCAAAUUAUGCAGGUGGUUGCUCAUUCCAAGAUGAAUUAGCCCGCUAUCGUGUUGGCUUAGGCGAAGCAGCUCUUUCUAUAGACAUUGGCUGGAUGCGCGACAUUGGGAUUAUUGCUGAGAAUAAAGCCUACCAGCGCCAGCGUCAGGAUGCCGGGGAUUUCCGGCCCAUUGAAGGGUCUGAGCUUCUUGCCUUGCUCGACAUCUACAUCAGCCGCAAAAACUCUCAAAAAUUGCCGGACGACACCCAAAUUCUUCUUGGUCUGCUCACGCCAGCCGACCAUCUUCUUGAGGGAAACACGCCCCCUUCAAUGCUCGGAAGACCUCUGUUUUCUUCAUAUACAUACCUUCCAAACUCAGGAACGAUUGAUCUCUAUUCUUCCACCAAGAACUAUAGUUCUCGCUUCCGACAAUCUACUGAUUCUGGGGAACGCGUUCAGAUCGUCCUAGAAGCACUUUCGGCGAAGCUAGCACGUACCAUGUCUAUUUCUGUCGAAGACGUGGAGCCCAGUAAACCACUUUCUAAAUACGGCGUCGAUUCGUUGAUGUCUGUGGAUCUGCGCAACUGGAUUGGUAAAGAAUUCGGGGCUACUGUUGCCGUCUUUGAUAUCAUGGGUGAAGAACCGCUCGCCAGUAUUGCCGACUUGGUUGUAGCCAAGACUAUCCUUUAG